UGGGAUUGGGUUUAUUCUAACUAUUACCACCACAUCUUUUUUGAAGUUCGGUCAAGAAGGGAGUAUGUUAACAAUCUGGAUCACUUUGACGCUCUAUUUAAGCAUUGGCUAUGCAGCAAAUCGUGACGUUAGGUUAAAGGUUAAUUGUUCGACCUUGCUUAACAAGAAGCUGUUCCAUCUUCAUUCAAAUCUGUGGAAUGUGUCCAAGUCAAGCGAGGUUUACCUUAAGGAAAGUGUCUUCUUGACCACUUUUGAAACAAGAUGUUCGAAUGAGAGGUGCUUAACACGGACAUCCAUGGCAAAACAUGUUCCAGUACCUAAAGUUUGUCCAAAAGGGUGGAAAUCGAGAAAGGGGAGUUGUUAUCAAGUGUUUUCGGAAAAGGUGAACUGGUUCCAAGCCCAGAUGAAUUGUCGAAAACAUGAUAGCACGCUUGUUCAAAUUGAGGAUGAACUUGAAAACCAAUGGUUAAAGAAACAAUAUCCUGAUAUUAAAAUGGCAACAUGGAUUGAUGCCGUUGAUUUAGGAAAAGAAGGACAAUGGAUGUGGUUCUCAUCCGGAAAAACCGCAGCCUAUCUCCCUUGGUUCAGUGGUGAACCAAACAAUCACAACUCAAUUGAACACUGUGCUGUAAUAUUUAAUAAUGGCAAUGAAAAAUGGAACGAUACAAAAUGUCACUACAGCUUUUAUUUCAUGUGCGAGAAAAAAAUAUACUAGUCUACAAAUUGUAAUCGUGAAAAUUUUAUAUUAUUCAAAAUACCCAGAGUGAUUGAAUAAAGUAGACAUAUGCAUAUUAAAUGAUUCAUUUGUAAUUGAUAAAUCAUAAUAAUUCCUAAACAACGAAACACUGAUUCUGAUCGCAUUUUUCCAAUUUGUUUUACAACUCCAAACGUCUGGGCAGGUUGUUUUAGAAGGUUUCGGCCUCUAGUCAGUUGUUUUAUAAAAUAUGAAU